GAAACAAAAAACUUGUUAGUUUUUUUAAGUUUUUCUUGAAACAUGUACACAAAAUAGGUCGGAUCUAAGCCUUUCUUUCAAAUGAGCCCUACUUUUACCUGGGAAUGUUCCAUCGAUCAAAGCUAAUACUUGACUUGAGGAUAAUAUCGUAUCCUCUUCUUCAUAGAACUCCCAUCUGCCGCUCACUUCACUGGAACCUCUUCGUACGCACUUCGCGAAAACGCGCUGAUUGUGUGGAGACCCCGAACAUGGAGUUGCCAGAGGGAAUCGUGAUGGGAUUUGGUAAUCCUCUGCUUGAUAUCACCUACCAUAUCGAGGACAAUGCGCUCUUAGAGAAAUACGGGCUGGAAGCGAAUGCUGCCAUCAUUGCUGAUGAGAAGCACGAUGCCCUGUUCGAAGAGCUUAUGAAUAUGGAAAACGUGAUUUAUUCUGCGGGAGGAGCUUGUCAGAACACCAUGCGUAUCUUCCAGUGGAUUGUACAGACUCCCUAUCGAGCAGUCUUUACGGGAGCCGUGGGCAAGGAUAAGUUGGGCGAUCGAAUCGCCAAAAGAGCCAAAGCCGAUGGCCUUUGUACGCUUUAUCAGCUGAAGGAGGAACUGCCUACAGGUUCCUGUGCUGUACUUAUUAGUGGGGCGAACCGUUCCUUGGUUGCUAAUUUGGGAGCGGCCUCUCUAUUCACCGACGACUGGAUGGAGGAGGAAGAGAAUGUCUGCGCAGUGGAACGGGCACAAUACUUCUACUUCACCGGCUUCUUCCUGGCCGUUUGUCCAUCCGUGGUUGAAACAGUGGCACGAAUGUGCAGCGAGUCUAACCGAUUGAUGAUCCUCAACUUUAGCGCCGUCUUUGUGCUUGCCAUGCAACGAAACGCUUUGGAGAACAUCAUCCAAUACGUGGACAUCAUCAUUUGCAAUAAGGAGGAGGCGAUUGCAUAUGCUGACGCCUACGAUUGGAAGACGAAGAACAUCUUCGAGAUAGGUCCGCGGCUGCAGUGCAUGCCGAAAGAGAAUAUCCGCCCCCGAAUUGUCCUAAUCACGGACGCGGUGUGUCCAGUACUCUGUUUUCAGGAGAACGAUCGGGUAUUAGAAUACCCAGUGCCAAAGGUGGUAAAGGGCAAGGUUUUCGACACCAAUGGCUGCGGAGACGCUUUUGUCGGAGGCUUUUUGGCCAUGUUCGUUCAGCAUAUGCCCCUGGACUACUGUAUCCGUGCAGGAAUAUUUGCCUCACAACAGGUUUUGAACAUAGUAGGAGUCCAGGUAGAGCAAUUACCCAAGUUUAGCGAAAAAUGCAUCUAGCUUGAGCUCAUUUAAUGGACACAGUAUUCUUCAAUACUUCUAAAUAAAUUUUCUGUGUUUAUCCGACCAAAACA